UCUUGGUCUUGUACCUAUAUUUUAUAAUCUUUACCAAGUUUCCAGUGGCCUGCAGAGCCUGGAAAGUGAAGUUAGGGUUUAUUUGAUGUGUAUACAGGUAGAGUCGAAAUAUGUAUUAAAGUGCGAUGUCAUUCCUAAUAGAUUGAAUAUUUCAAAGGAGAAGAAUGAUUCUCCUCUCUCAUGGCAAGCUAAAAACCUUAAUUUUUUCGUCAUUUACACUUAGUUUGCAUCUGACUACAGUUUUGAAUAUGGCAAUCAUUUAUUGAGUCUUAAAAAGCCAAGCCACAGUGUGUUUGAGUACAUUAGAUACUGACUGACGUUUGUAUGAAGCACUUCCUAUUUUCGACUUCCACCACCACCCAGUCCAUCCAACGAAGAGUCAAUGCAAGAACUUGCAAUCUGCACUGUCCAAAAAGGACAGUAAUACACUGCACUAUGGUCUGGGAGCGCCGAAUCGUGGUCAAAAAUCCGAUUUUUGAAAGUACGAAAAUCUGUCAAUCGAGCAUUUAAUCCUUAUCUACAUCCUUUAGUAGGUGUGAAAUGACCUAUCAAAUCUUAUGUAAUUGUUUUUACGAUCAGAUAUAUGGUGGCGAACCUCACAUCCUCCGAGGUAAGUAAACAAACGUGAGAAUUUAAAGUGCACGUCAUCGUGUAUUGCCUUGUGUUGCUUUGUGAUAAGUUGGCGUAGAUCCCCGAUCAAAUAUGGAAAAGAAAGGUGAAAGUAAGUACUUUUUGAUGGUUUAAUCGUUUUUAGUAUUAAGAUUGAUUUUAUGACCACCAUGAGACUCCAAAGUUUUGUCCUGAUUUAGGUAAAAAAUUGCCUUCAUCUUAAGUUUUAGUUAUCACUAACACAAGCUAACACGUUCUUAUCAGUGCAAGAAUGUAGCUCAUAUGUUCCUCUAACAGGAUAUCAUAGGUUUUUUUGCCGCUUUUUGCCUCUGGGGCCUUUUUUGGUCAUUUUAGUGAAGGACUUAAACGACUUUCUGCACGAUCUGAUUUCAUUGCAGAAGGAUAUAAGAGAGACGAGACAAGGUCAACGUUUGAUAUAAGGUGAUUCAUAUGUAUUUUUGGCUGCUGAAUCCAAAAAUGAUAACAGUUUUUUUCAGCACUUGCCAGAUUUCCGGGAAAUAAAGUUUUUUUUUGCAAAAAACCUCAUUUUUAAGCAAAAUAAUAUUUUCUCCGGAAAAACGACAAAUGGUGGCUAAAACUUAGGUAUUUUUUUUUUAUUCUUCAGCCUGUAUACAUAAUACAAAUUUAUUAACUCGGCCCGCUGUGGUGUAGUGGUUGUAGUGCUGGCUUUAAGAUCAAAAGGUUCCGAGUUCAAUUCCUGGCUAGGCAACCCGAGAAUGGUAAUCCGCAAAGUUUUAGGGUCUGAUCAGAUCAUUGAGUGAAAGUUGACAAAAGAAGGGGAUUCAAGCACGCGCUAGUUCCCGAGGGCACUAGAAAAAAAUAGAAACGAAAAAAAAAUAAAUAAAUGAAUAAAUAUAAUAAAAAAGAAAAUAAUAAUAAAUUAAAGAAAAAUUCUCUAGGAAUAAAGAUAUCUCAUUCAUGUGUAAUUUCGCAAUCAAGUAACGACUUCAUUUAAAUUUUAUCAUCUACUAUACCGCAUUUCUGAUUAAUAUACUGUCUCAAAAUUUUACAAAUUAUUUAUAUUAAAUUUUCUUUUCAGGAGUUUUUCACGUAACGCGUGAAACGCUUUUUGAAAAAUGGAAGGAGUGCUCCAAAGGACAGAAAUUGAAUGGUCUCAUAAGUCACGUUUUUUCUAGUAAUACAGAUCGUGUCACCUCAGAAGCAGAAGAAAAUCAGAGCAAAAACAGAUCUAUCCAAGUGGUUGCAAGGGACAUACGAGCUCAGAAGUGAGGAAAAAAACCCGGGAGAAGAUCCAGAACCGUCAACAUCUCGCAGCAGAGGGCGGCCCCUAAAAAAGUUUGAUGAGAUGAAACCAAGAACCCAACGAAGAGCCAUCUCUCAACUUUAAGAGAAUGAACAUCAUAAUUCUGAGAAGCUUGUCCGUGCUUCAAUCGUUGCGGCUAAAACAACUGGUAAGUCCGACCUAGCAGUUGUUUUGCAGAAAGUCUCGAAAAGUCCAACACGAGCAAAAGAGCAGCUGGAACAGGAGGAGAAAAUGCCUUUGCGUAUGACAAAAGAGGCUGCCUUAGCGUUCAUGUUGGAGAACUCUUUUAGUAAAGCCCAAUAUAUGAACAUAAGGUUAAAUAGCAAAUAUUACAACGCUGACAUAUAUCCACCCUAUGAAUAUAUUUUGGAGGCCAAAAAAGACUGUCAGGUUUCUCCAUUAGAAGUUUCAGACACGUGUGCGCAAGUUCCACUCUUUUGUUUGGUGGACCAUACAAUCAGACGAAUCGCUUUGUUACAAUCUGAAGUCCUGGAAACAUUUUUUGAGGGAAAGUGUAAAGAUUGUAAGGAGGUCAACGCCGAGAUGACAUUUAGGUAUGGUUUUGAUGGCACCACCAGUCAGUCCACUUACUGCCAAAAAUUCCAAAGUUCUCAUGAAAGCUCUAGUGGAUCGGACUCCUCUUUAUUUGCCACUACCUUAGUGCCUCUUCGAUUGACUGCGGAUUCGGGGGAUAUUUUAUGGGUCAAUAGGACACCACAAUCUGUCAGAUUCUGUAGACCCAUAAAACUCCAAUUUGCUAAGGCUUCAAAGGAGUUGGUGAUGGCAGAAAAAGAGGAGUUGGAUGAGCAAAUCGGGAGUCUCGAGAGGGUCACAAUUAAAAUUAAUGAUGAUCAAAGCCUUGUUAUUCAGCCUCGUCUGAAAAUGACCUUAGUCGAUGGCAAAAUUCUUAAUUAUUUGACGACACGUUAUCAACGCAAACGUGUCCUAUUUGUGGUGCCAACCCUAUCGAUUUUAGAGACAUCAAGGAUUUUGACUCUCCAAAGUUUAAGCCUCGUGAAAGCUCCCUUGAGUUCGGCAUUAGUUCUUUGCAUGCUUGGAUCCGGUUGUUUGAAUGCAUCCUCCAUCUAGGCUACAAAGAUGGGAUAGCCGGGUGGCAGAUGAAGUCAGAUGACCAGAAAAAAGCGUAUGCACUGAACAAGAAGAGAAUUCAGAGCCUUUUUUGGGAGAAAAUGAGCCUCAGAGUGGAUAUUCCCAAAAGUGGAGGAUCAGGUAACACCAACUCAGGCAACACAGCCCGAAAAGCAUUCAGCGAUCCCGAACUAUUUUCCGAAAUAACCAACAUCGAUGUUCGGUCAAUAGAGCGCCUGCAAACCAUCUUGAUAGCCAUCUCCUGCAAAUUGCCUCUAAAUAUUGAGCUUUUCAAGGAAUAUUGUCAUGAAACUGGUAGACUUUACAUGCAGUUAUUCCCUGAUAAGCCAAUGACUGCAACCCUCCACAAAAUCCUCGUUCACGGCAGUCAAAUAAUGCAAAAUUCAAAUCUACCUCUGGGAUUUUUUGGAGAAGAUGCGCCUGAGUCCAGGAAUAAAUUGUACAGAAAUGACAGAGAGCAUCAUUUGAGAAAAGAUAUGAGAACACAUAAUCUUGCUGAUGUUUUUAAUCGUGCUAUGGAGUCCUCGGAUCCUCUCUUGUCAUCCUUUGGCCUAGGUGAACGGAUGAAAAAGAGGCGUCACAAACCGUUUCCAAAAGCGCUCCAUGCUCUUUUACAAGAGCCCCAAAUCGAUUUGACAGUUUCAGAAACAGAGGCAGCUUCAGACUCUGAAACUCUACUCGAAGAUCUGGAUCUGGAACUUAGGGACGACAUCGAACUCGAUGCUGAGGAGGUGGAGUGAAGUGUAUCUAAGUUUCUGAUUUAAAUCUUUUACAUGUGUCAAUAAUAUCCAAUUUUUCAGGAUUUUUUCUUAAAUCGUAAAAUGUGAUAAACUGUAUGUUUCCUGUGAUUUAUUUUCUUCCAAUGAACCUUAUUUUUGUUGUUUUGUUUCUAGUCAAUUCUGAUGUGUCAAAUAUGUUCUCCAGCUUUCUGAAAAAUGUUUUUAUGGAGAUCUCAUCGUUAUUUCUUUGUGAGAUUUGUAGAAAUUUUUUGUUAUAUUUUAUGAAAAAAGUCUUGUUCACUCUUUAGUAUGUGUGCCAUUUCGGCUCUAUCUCGAGUAAGAAGAUUUUGCAAUUGCAAUAUAUUCCUAAUUUGUGCCUUUAAUUUUGUGAU